UUGACAGAAAUGUCUGUGAUUUCAACAAAAAAUACAUGGAUGGAAGAUUUGUAAUUUUUCUACUAAAUUAUUUACUUGCACAACUACUUAGAGUAAGAUGCCAUUGCUAAUUACAGGGCAUAAUUCAAGUAAAAGUCCUUCACUAAUUCUCUAGGCCACAACAGAUAUCUAAUUUGUUGACGCACAACAAGACAUUUGACCGAGUCCCACACCUGGGUGUGUUUGUUUUAGAGAAGCAUUUGAUUUUCCGAUAAAUAAAAAUGCGAUGAUAAGAAUUCUUGAUAACUCAGUCCAGGGCAGGAAAUGUCACAGUUUGAUUCUAAAGAGCAUAAAAAUGUUGCCAUUCGGGUUCUGAAGGACAAGCGUUCAUACCCACCUGUUCCUGGGAAACAAAAUGUCCUCUCCCCUCCCCCAAAGACUGGCAGGUAUUUAUAGAUUUUUGAAAUCUGACAAAGUCACAGUCAAAAGCUUGAGUCGUUUACUUGUCUCCCACUUUGGCGUUUCAGUUUGACCAGGACAAAACCAUGUCUUUCACUUCUAACUCCAAAACUCUCAGCGUGUAUGGAGGAGCUGGUGGUCGGGGAACCCGAAUCUCAUCCCCCGCCGGGUUUCUUAAUUCUUCUCCAAGAGGCUUUAAUCUGGUUGAUGGCUUAGACUUAUCUGCUGAUAAAAAGGCCACCAUGCAGAAUCUGAAUACUCGUCUGGCCUCCUACUUGGAGAAGGUACGCUCACUGGAGAAAGCCAAUACUGAGCUAGAGCAGAAGAUCAGUGACUGGUAUGAUAGUCACGAUGACGUCACAUUCGACCACACAAACUUCCAGGACACCAUCCAGGAUCUGAGGAAUGAGUUUAACACACGUUCCCAAGACAAUGCCAAACUCAUCCUGGAAGUGGAUAAUGCCAAACUGGCUGCUGAUGACUUCAAACGAAAAUAUGAAAAUGAACUGGCCAUGCGUCGGGAAAUUGAAGCUGAUACUGGAAAUCUGAGGAAAAUCCUGGAUGAGUUUAGUUUGAGUCGUUCGGAUCUGGAGUUGCAGAUUGAGGCUCUGAAAGAGGAAUUCAUCGUACUGAAGAAAAACCACAAGGAGAAUAUCACCUUGACUAUUGAGACUGGCGGUCAGGUGAAUGUCUCUGUGGACGCAGCGCCCUCUAUGGAUCUGAAUCAGGCCAUUGAUGAGAUCCGACAACACUAUGAGACUGUGACACAGAAAAACCGUGAAGAGCUGGAGUCCUGGUAUGAAAGCAAGAUGGCACCAAUGCAACAGGAGGUGAGCAAUCAUAAUGAAGAGCUUCAGGACAGCAGAACUGAGCUAAAGGACUUAACAAGCACCUUACAAAGACUGCAGAUUGAGCUGCAAACCCAUCAGAGCAUGAAGUCAAACCUUGAUGGGCAACUAGAGGACACAGAGGCCCGCUAUGGGAACCAGUUGGCUGGGCUUCAGACCACUGUUUCCAAUCUGGAGGACCAGCUUAGCCAAUUUCACGCUAACAUUGCUAACAACAAAGAAGAGUACGAAACCCUGCUGGACGUAAAGACCAGACUGGAACGUGAGAUUGCAGAAUACAGGAGACUGCUGGAUGGAGAAAAGAGUGAGAACCACAAACUUCUCACCAAAACCAUCACAGUGAUGGAAACCAUUGUGGAUGGGAGGAUUGUGGAGAGCAGCGAGACUGUGGAUGUUCUUGAACUUGAUGACUAAUCUAGACUAAUCUUUUCAAAAAAGCAGUUCAAAUGAGGACAUCAUUUGUAUUACUAAUCCUUUCUGUUCAAACCCAGGGUGCUUCAGCUGUUUCAGAAGACAUACCCUUCACUGACACUGAACUGACACUGUCUUAAUUCACUAUAAUCUUCUAUGUGAAGUUGCUUUGACACAACUACAUUGUAAAACUGCUAUAGAAAUAAAGAUUAAUUCAAUUGAAUUGAACAAAGGUCCAGGAUUAGUCCCAUAAUGAGCUCAUUUGUCCUAUUUUAACUGCUAUGCCAUCAUAAAUAGUAAAAAUAACCCAUCAAAAAAGAACAAGCGGAAUCCUAUGUUGGCUGUGAUUUCAGUUAAUUAGAUUUGGUCAAUGCUAAUAAAUAUUUGUAUGAGUCCAACA